UCCAUUCUUUCUUUGACAUCUUGACAUUCUUCCGUCUCUACCUUCAAAAUGAUUAUCUACAAGGUUAGUCUUGUCUCGAGAGGCUACUGGGCAUUUCGCUUUUGAUGUCUUUACCCCGCUCUUUUUGUGUGCCGAUUGCUGAUAUCUUCUCAUCACAACAGGACAUCAUCACCGGUGACGAGCUCAUCUCUGACUCGUUCAACCUCAAGGAGGUUGAAGGCACCGUCUACGAGGCUGACUGUGCCAUGAUCAGCGUCGGCAAUGUCGAGGUUGACAUUGGUGCCAACCCUUCUGCUGAGGAUGCUGGGGAGGCCAACGACACCGAGGGUUUCGCUCAGGUUAACAACAUCGUGCACAACUUCGGCUUGAAGCAGACUGCCUUCGACAAGAAGAGCUACCUUGCCUACUUGAAGGGUUACAUGAAGGCCGUCAAGGCUCAGUUGCAGGCCAAGGGCAAGAGCGAGGAAGAGGUCACAGCAUUCGAGAAGGGUGCUGCUGCAUUCGCCAAGAAGAUUGUCGCCAACUUCAAGGACUACGAGUUCUUCACCGGCGAGUCCAUGAACCCCGAUGGAAUGAUCGUCCUUUUGAACUACCGUGAAGAUGGCACCACCCCUUACGUUACCCUCUGGAAGCACGGUCUCGCUGAGGAGAAGGUUUAAAUUCAACUAAUCACCUCCCCCCCCCCUCCCAAAGU